AUGGAGGAAUGUUUUAACAAAGUUGUGUCAGUUCACUUGAAGUCUUCUAGCCGAGAAAACAGGUACGAUUAUGAACAAAACAUAUUCAGAGGUUUUAAUUAAAGACAACGUUUUGACUCCUAUGGGCUACGAUAUUUCUUGCAGAAAGUCUGUCGUACGCAUCAAUGUAUCUUUUCGCUCGAUCUCUUCGCCAACGAACAAAGUAAGUCUAGUUUUGUUUACAAUCUUAGGUACAUAUUCCAUGUUAGAAGGACUAUCAGAAGAUCAUCUAUCAGCGCAAGCUUUACAUUGAAUAGCUUGUGCUUCUUCUGUUUUAAAUACAUUUAAAUGAUUUUGAUGAUUUCAUUUGGGGGACAACUUGCCUUUUUGCAUACAUUUCUACAUGCGAAGUUACUUUCUCUCUCUUUCAAGGAACUUGUUGUCCGAAUCACGGAUGAAGAAGACUUGUGCUUUCUCUACAAUCUUGUUUUAGGCGAAACUGAUUUCCACACGUAAGUCUAGCAUGUAUCUUGCGUUUUUGCGUCGCAUUUUAGGUUUUGACUUUUUAAAAUAUUUUGGGAAUGCAUUACAUUACGAUUAAUAAGGGAUUUAAUCUUUUGAAGAGAGAAUAAAUGAUAUACAUGUGUAUACACAGUAUGUAGUACAGCUUAACAAAUAAAUUCCAUUUUACUGUGCAUCUGUUCAGUAAUAGAUCAUAGAUGAAGUCAAAAAAUAAUAUGGUGAGGAAAAAAAAAGCGGCAAACGAGGCACAGCGAAGUAUGUCACUAAUAGUCUUACCACAUUUUGACGUGUUCUGUGAUAUUCAACUGUACAGACCGACAGUAUCCUAAAAUCUAGUUUUUUCCUAUGAUAACAAAGCAAAUGUUGUCAAUGGUGACAUCAUCUGUUAGCUUGUUUUUAAUAAAUCAUAAGUAAGAGCCAAUCAAGAUGUGUGUAUGAUUCAGCUUAUCAUAAUAUUAUAAAAACAUGCAGAUCAUAAGUAAGAGCCAAUCAGAAUGUGUGAAUGAUUCACCUUAUUAUAUAAAAACAUAUAGACAUGUGGACUCACUAUGCCAUUGAUAGUUUCAAUAUGCAAACCAAUCAAAACGAUUUGAUUGGCAUUUGAUUUUACAUGUAGUAACCAAUCAGAACCCAUCUGUCUGAUCUUGUUAUUAAUAUUAGCAGGAGUUGUUGUGAAAUCUGUAGCAAUCAACAUUGAAUGAUUACUUUCAAUGAUUAAAGAUAGCUGGUAUUACAUUUCACCCAUGCAGGUUAAAAAGUCAACAAGGUUUGCUGGUUGAUUUUUGUGCCUUUCCUCAAAAGUUUAUUGACCUGUUGGAACUUUGUCGAGACGAAGAGCAACGGGAUAGUCCAAAGUAAGUUGAACAUUACUGAAUAAAAGGGGUAAGUUUCUAAAGAAGUUGUGGUGCUGUGUCAGUGGGAGAGUACAACAAGGUAAUUUGAUUUUAUCAAAUGUGUUGACUAUAUAAUUUGGUUGCCUUUAAGAGUGUAAAGCUGAUAUUUUGAGCAUUAGCCCUUGUUAGUGCAAAUGACGGAGUUCUGACAAAGUGAACAUUACUGAGGUUUGAUUUCUGUCCUUCCAAAAUAUCUCUUAACCCUUUAGCUCCCAUGAGUGACCAAGACAGAAUUUCUCCUUACAAUAUCAAUGCAAUAUCAACCAGAUAAGAGAUGAGAAUAAAGAAAAAUAUAAAUUUGGGAUAAUAAGUUGAUCCAAUACUAAAUUCUCUGAACCAACAUAAUAAGGAUUAAAUUAAGAUUAACAGGAAGGAGAACGACAAAUUUGAUCUGGGAGUUAAAGGGAAUAGUUGGCUCUUCCAGUUCUCUCCACUAUUUAUAGGUAAUUGAAUCACAAGAAAGAAAGAUAUUUUAGCAUUUAUCCAUUCAACAUUAAUAUUGCCUCUGCUCUGAUAAUCAUACUUUAUAAAAUGACCUAACCCUUACAGUCCAAAGAUCUUAACAGUAAUUCUCCUUACUGUCUGUUAUACAACUUUUAUCAAGUUUGGAGAAUUUGGUAUUGGAUCAACUGAUUAUUGCCUAAUUAAUAGUUUUCUUUAUUCUCAUCACUUUUCUACUUGAUAUUGUAUUGAUAUUGAAGGGAGAAAUUCUGUCUUGGUCCCUCCUGGGAGUGACAGGGUUGAAUUUUUAGACUUGAACUCUUCUCAGUUUACUUGAUACCUGAAUGGUUAUUGCUUCACAGUAUUCAAUCUAUGUUUAUACCUGUGUUUUGCAAACAGAUUUCUGCUUCAGUUUGUUGUUGGCAGUGGUUUAGAUCAAGGUGUGGCCACUCUUCAUGUGGUAGAGACCAAUCCAUUUAAACAUCUGACUCACUUAUCAUUGAAAUUCCUUCCUGGAUCUGAUUCUGAAGUCAAAAAAUAUCUGGCAAACUGUCUUAAAAAUCUGCAGGUGAGUUUUUUUAAUAACUUUUUUAGCUCACAAAAAUUUUAAAGCAUUUUUGCAAGGUAAGAAAGUUAUUGUAUUUUUUAGAAAAUGUUGUUACUUGCAGAUAAAGGAUUUUGGAGACUGCAUUUAUUUGAGUGUGUUAGGUUUUUACAUACAUGUACUUAACAUGUACAGGAAGUUUUUCUCAACAAUGAAAAUGUUCUACAUGAUAAAAACAAGUGGUGCUCUUCACUGCCUCCUUCUUUUAUCAACCUCCUCUCCACAGUCACUACCCUCUAUCCACACAGUGCUUAUUGUAGAGAGUUAGGACUGGUGAUAAAUAAUUGGGGAACACUCCUUCCUAAAAAACUUCAGAAAUGAUGGUCAACUGGUGACAAAAUCUGAGACUUUGAGAAUAAAAAUCAUAAAAAAUUGUUCAUCAUUUCUUGCCUUUUUAAAUUUUGCAAUGGUUAUUUUGCUUAUAGUGUAUGAGUAUGUAAAUUUUUUUGUCCCUCUUAGGAUGAGAAACAAAUCUUAGAAAGGCGUCUUGCCAGUACAGAGGCUGAUCUUCAACAAAAGCUUAGCACAUGCCAAGAGGUAAGCAUGUAAUUUAAUUAUCAGCAAUAGUGUAUUUUGUUUUGUUAUGUAGCCAUAACUGUUGACUUUGAUCUUGUUGUAUUUUGAUUUUCCUUUGUCUUACAACUGUUGCUGUGCAUAUUACUGUAAAUAAUACUGUUACCAUAAAAAUCUUGACUGACAGUUGGCUAGGAUCUCCUGGCCCAUGUCCCAAUAAUCAUGUGUGAGACCUUGGCUGAAUGUUGGUCAAGUAUUUGAAGACCAUUGGCCAAAUAUUGGAUCACUAUCAGCUGAUUACUAACUGACCCUUAUUUAGCUCUUGGCUCUUGUUUGACUACAAUGUAUACAGUGCGGGUUGAUUUAUCAAUACAUUUGUUGUAUUCGUUCUAUACACUGACAGAGUCUACCCAUGUAGUGCACAUGAUCCAAUUUUAUUUAUUUGUAUGAUGCAGGUCUUAGCAAUCAAAACAAGAGAGUUAAGCUCAGUUCAAUCAGACUGCUCAGCCAAGUCAUCUCAUUUGGAAAACAAGCAUGCACAGGAACUGGCAGCUGAAAGGGAAAAAGCACUUCAGGUAGAAGAAUUCUCUCAGAACCAAAUUAUUGCACCAUUUGUUAAAUCAUUUUUUUGAAAAGUAUGUUGGCUAUAUUGUUUAAAGUCUACACAAAACCCAAAUGAUGUUUUCUUUUUCAAAUGAUGUCAACACAUACAUGUAGUGCUACUUUAUGUAGAUUUGCUUUCUGUUUAAUUUAGUUGGCCACUGAAAAACAACAGAGUUUUGAGAGAGAAAAGAGAGAACUGGACCAGAAUCACCAAGCACAGGUGAGCAUAUUUGCUGUUUGCUAGUACUUCAGGAAUUAAUAUCAAGUUAUGUCCUUACCAUAUGCAUGCACAUGCAAUUUUCAUAGUUCUGACGACUAACCCCAUCACCUCAAUGAAAUGUCAUCUUGCCAACAACUGACAACUGACAUCAUAAGUCAUUUUGCCAACACCUUAGAUCAACUUUGACAGUCAUCUUUGGUCUUUGGUAACAAAUGAAAUAACAAAAGUUAGUGUCUGCAAGUUUGUGGCAAGUUUGCAACAAGUUGACCAGAGGUGUUGGCAAAUUGGUUUGUUGGUAAAGUGAUCAAUAAAAUUUUUGACGGAUGAUACAGUGUAAUUAUGUUCAAUGUUAUUAUUUUGAACAUUAUUAUUGUCAGUGGCUAGAUUUACAUGUAAUAAAUGAAAGGCACUCAUUUAACUAAAGGGUUGACUCUUUAUGGAAGAGCAUCAACUUUUUUUUUAAGGUGCUUCUCUCACUGACUUAAAAUCAUCCUUUUACUUUCAAAUUGGUAUUUAAUGACUUGCUUUCUUUGUGUUUUCCUUGUUAUAGAUUGUGAGAUUAGAGGCCAGGCUCAAGGAUGUUGAAAACUCCAACAGAGUAAUUACCUCCCAAAUGAAUUUUAAGAUUUGUAUACUUCAUUUAACUUUUUAACUCCCACGAGUGACCCAGACAGAAUUUCUCCUCACAAUAUCUAACAAUAUUAAGCAGACAAGUAAUGAGGUUCGGGAAAAAAAAAUCAUUGAGGGGAUUAUUAGUUUAUCUAAUAACAAAUUCUGCAGACUAACAUCAUAAGAAUUGUGUCGCAGACAGCAAGGAGAAUUGUUAAUGAGAUCUUGGUAGUGAAAGGGUUGACUAGUUUUACUCAUUCAAAAAUUUUCGAAAAGUCAACCAUUUAGGGCUGGUUAUUUACAUGAGGUCUAACCCAGACCACAGUUUUAUGCAAUUAGUGAGCCAAGGCUCUCUCUACAGAAGGGUUGAUUUAUUAAAUAAACUAAAUAAAUGUCCUUCCUUCCUUGUUAGCUUUCUGACAGCCUUCUCAACACUGUAUAAAAAAAAUGAAUGUUCAGAUAAAAGGUUCAGCUAAAUUUAGUAUUAUUCAGGAUACGGUUUUGUUAAACAAUGGCUAAACUUUAAUCAAAUUAUUGGCCAUUAAAGUUUAGAUGCAGCCACCUGAAAAUGAUUCCAGUCCAUGGGGCAAUUACUAAACAAAACUUGCAGAGAUGGUGCACAACCAUGUACACAUAGAUAUAAACUGUUCUUUACAAAUUUUUCACAGGACCUGAAUCAGAAAAAGUACCAAGCCGAUUCUUGCAUCAGAGACCUCAAGUCCAAACUAGCAACACUGGAUGAGGUACUGUAAGGUUCAUUGUGAUGUCAACAAUGUCUUCCUUUGAGCAAUAACCCUUACACCCUGUCAUCAGUAUGUAUAUUCUCCACACUUUUCUUGACACUUUUCUUGCAGUAAAGUAUUAGAAGAAUUUAGAAUUUGUCUGACAAUCAAGUACUUCUGUUGUUAGCAAUCAUUUUCUUUUAUUAUUCUCAUGACCUUAUUGUUUGAUUCAGAGGUGACACUGAUAGAAGAAAUCAAAUGAAAGUCUCUCUUAAGAUUACUGUUAAAAAUGUUGAUGGGGUUUAUAGUACAGUGUUCAUGUAUUAUUGUUUGAAUGUCUGUUUCCAGGAAUGCAAAUUUGCUAAGCAAGAACUUCAUAAACUUCGCCGUGAAAAUGGCUCACUGGAUUCAGAAAGACAUGAACACAGUAAAACACUCAGCCAACUGCAGACUAGAGUGGCUGUGUUGGAACAGGAAUUGAGGGACAAGGAACAGGUAGCUAUAGUGUAGGUCAAGAUUUUAACCCCAGACACGUGUACUUGAAUGGAUCAUUUGACCUUGUCAAUAAAAAAAAAAAAAAAACAAUUAGGAAUUGGAAAGGAUGCAUAGAGAGGAAUUCAAAGAGUAUAACUCAAUUCGUAGAACUUCACAGUUUUAGUCUAUGUAUGUUUGAGAGACAGUUUGUGGUUAUUGCAAUGUUUACGAAUUGAUAACUUCUGCUAAGCUAGCAAGGAGGAAGUGUGGUUGAUGGCAAAAGUUUUGACUAGUCAAGGAAUUUUCAAUUGAAAUAAUUUAAUAACAUUCUUUCCUCCACCUUGCUAACUGCAGUACAUUGCUGUUGUUUAAUUAAUUAUGUUCCAGGUCAUAGCACGGACCAAUGAACUGUUGGAGAAUUCCAAUGAACAACGUAGAAAGCAAGAGAAGAUAUUGGAAGAAAAACAGGAACAGAUCAAUAAAAUGGAAGCCAAUAUGAAAUCUGUAACAGCCGAUGUGAUCAAGGUACAGUUACUGGGUCAUGGAUGGUCCUGAUUUUUAUUCAAAAAAGCACAUUACUUUCUAAAUGCCAUGAUUACUGUUAUGAAAAUUCUGCACUAAUGGGUCAUAUGGCCAUGAUCUGUCGGUAUGGUUGCUUAAAAAAUAUGUAACAAGGAGCUUUAAAAUUUCUCCUGCCAGCCUAGUAUUUCAUUAGAUUUCCUUGGCAUUUUGUCAGUGACCAUUUCUACCUCUUGCUAGAGAGACUCAGGUGCUCAUAGUGAGUUGUUUUUUCUAAUUUUCAUGGGGUAACAGACUUGGCUAGCUUCUAGAUAUUCAUAUCAUCCAUUGCUAUUUGUACAUGUAGUCAAAAAUAUUUUGUAUUGCCUUGUUUCUAAAUGGUUUUGUUGACUUACUUUCAGGGAAAUGAGAUAAUACAAAGGUUACAAUCAGAAUUACGGACCUACAAAUCUAAGGUACAUGUAUGAAGUUUAUGCUGAUGCCUCUUUCCUUCAGUUUUAAGCUUUUUGUAGUGGCUUAAUUUACAGAACCAGAGUUCCUUCCUCAUAGAGAAGGCCAAAUCUUUAAGAUUUAUCUGAUAUUAAACUAUCCUAGCUCUCUCCUUCUCCUUGUCUCUUUAUGGAUUAAUUGAACAGUGCAGUGGGUAGAUGCAAUGCGUCAGAUAAUAGAAGGAAAAUUAUUUUGCCAUACUCUGUACUUUUUCUGUUUUAGAUGAAGCUGAAGAGUGUGGUGAUGACUAAACAAGAAAAGCUCCUUGAAGAAAAGGUAGUAGCCUAAUAGAGUGUAAUUUGUGUAACUUAGUAUAAACUGAGUGGAUCAAUAUCAGUAUCUGGGCAACUGCCCACCUACCCCUUCCCUAACCCAACAUUAACCCUAACUUGUUAUCAGUUGACUGUUGUUGACUUAGGGUAGGGGUAGGUGGGCAGUUGCCCAGAUACUGAUAUUGAUCCAACUGAGUUAACAAUGUAAAUUGGCCACCACAAAGAGUUUCAAAGUUGAUGUUUCAAGUGUCAGCCCUUCAUUCUGACUUAGGGCUAACUCUCAAAAUGUCAGCUUUGAAACUCUUUAUGUUUUCAAGUCAGUUGAUAGUAUUAAAUUACCUUGUUAUACUCUCCCACCAACCAAGCACCAAAGUUUCUUUAGAAAUUUACCCCCUUUAUUCAUGAGUGUGUAACCUUCUGAGGUCAUUACUGUACAUGGUCCAUAGGGUUUGGACUGUACAACUGUUAAUCACUUCAAAUCCUAUUAUUUCAUUUCAUAUUGUAUCAUUCAUUUCAUUUCACAUUAUUUCAUUUCAUAUCAUUUCAAUUCAUAACAUUGCAUUUCAUUUCAAAGCAUUUUGUUUUAUAUCAUUUUACUUAAAUCAUUUCAUUUCCUUCGUUUCACAAUAUUCAAUGUCUUGUCAUUUCAUUUUGUAUUAUCUAAUUUUAUUUCACAUCAUUUCAUUUCAUUUCACUGCUUUUUUAGCACUGGUUAAGUGCCACCUGGUUUGCAUCUCCUGCACUAAUUUGAAAGUACCAUUAAGUCCUUAACCCUUUAACCCCUAAGAGUGACCAGCUUCUGAUUUCUCCUUACAAUAUCACCCCUGAAUCAAACAUUAAGGUCAUGAGAAUCAAGGAAAUGAUCACCAACUUAUAAAGCUCUUGAUCUUUAAACAAAUUCUCCUUGUCAGCACUUCAGGAAAUGUAUAGAGGCAGUAAGGAGAAUAUGAAUACUGAUGUUAGGGUGUGAAGGGUUAACUUAACCCUGGCAGCCUCUUUGUCACAUGGCCUUGUGGGACUUCAACAUUUGACUUUUUGACAAUUUGAUCUUGUCUAUUUAGGAAACAGCUUUUGAAAAACACAGGCAGGAAAAAUCCAGCUUGGAAACCACCUUGAAGAAUAAAGAGGAAGAGGUAAGCUUAGAAGUGAUUGGAACUUAGCCAAUGCUAGGCCCUUUAUCAACAGAGUUAAGUUUUUUGGGAAACAUCCUUCCCACCCCCGACAUAUUUUGAGUUUUUAUUCUAUCACACCCUGAUUUUGCCCUAAUACCAGUCUUUUGGUAGACUGGAGAUGAUGGAAAACAGAGUGGAAACAAGUCUAGCAAGUAACUAUCACUAUUGGAACAGUUUCUUGAGAGGUCUGCAAAGUUCACACAGUCCUUGAAGUUUAUCAACAGUUUCUCAGUCGUGAAUGUCAUUGAUCCGUUUUACUGAAAGCUUUAGAAUUUUUGUUUGCUUUACUGUUAUAAUUGAAUUACCUUCAUCAAAGUUUUACGGCUCAAGAAUUCAGAGGUAGUUGUGAAGAUGUCGUCCUUUUCUUGAACGUUUAGCUAAAGAAGCUGAGUGAGUCAUUGGAGACAACCACAGCCAAGCUUGAAGAAAGUAAACAACUGCUGAAGACUAAUGAAAAUGGUGAGGAUGCCUUAAAAGAUCGUAGAAUUUGACAACAAAGUCAAGAAACAAGAACUCUUUGGCUGAGACUGAAUUCAUCUUGUGGAUGACCUUGACCCUGCCUUAUCUCAUUUUCCUGAAUUGAGUUGGCUUUGGGUGAGGAGAGAUUGGGCUGAGCGAAGGACCAGGGGUCUCAGCCAGGCAUUUUCUCUUCCCCACCAUAAGUACGCAUUUGCUUUCUCUAAACUCUCUCAACCCUUUAACUUUAAAAAGUGACCAAGACAGAAUUUCACCUUACAAUAUCAAUACAAUGUCAAGAAGUCAAGGGGUACGAAUAAAGAGAAAUAUCAGUUGGGCAAUUAUAAGUUGAUUCAAUACCGAAUUCUCCAAACUAACAUCAUUUGAACUGUAUGGCAGACAGUAAGGAGAAUAAUGUUUGAGAUCUGGGAAUGAAAGGGUUAAGACUGGGUGUACCUUCGCAGAAGGAACACUGGGUGCCUAUCCAUCACUACCCUGUUGACCUGAUAGUAUUUGUACGUUAAGAUAGUGUGGCUUUUAGUAUGUCAAAAUGAUUUUUUGCUUUGUGUAACACUGUAGUUAUCAAUUGGCUGAACAAGCAAAUGAAUGACCAGAUGAUGUCCCAGCAACGGCUGGGGCCUUUUGAAAUGCACACGAAACCUGUGUCCACGCGAGGACCGCCUCUAGUACCAUACAACAAGGUUUGUCAAAUCAUUCUGUUUGCCUUUUGUUUAAAUAAUUUUCAUCAGCAUCAUCUUCAACCUUAUUGUUAUUGUUUUUAUUAUUAUUAUUAUUAUUGUUAUUGCAUAUUAUCAUUAUUGACAUCGUUAUCAUCAUCAUAACUAUUAACAUUGCUAUGAUAGUGCUAUUAUCAUUAUGAAUUUCAUUAUUAUUAUUAUUAUUAUCAUUAUUAUUAUCAUUAUCAAUUUCAUUAUUGUUAUUAGGUGACGAGCACAACAGUAAGCUCCACCACCUCAACGGGAAAACAGAACGGACAUUCCACGUUUCUCGGAACCAGCUCAGGUAGAUUUAUACUGCUUCAUUCCUUAUUAAAACAUCGUUUAAGCGGUCUUGUCAGGGGUAAACUUGUGUCUUUAGUAAAUAGAGUUGAGAUAUGCCCAAAUGUACCUUUACUGCCACGCUAACGGUGGAAUCUUUCUCGAUUACCUCUCUCCUGAGCCUUUAAUAGAUACUUAUCGAAAUGAAAAUAAUUAUACCUUCUCUUCAGAGUGAAGGCGAUUAUUUACAUUAUUGCACAAACCGCUGAAAUACAACCGUAAAAGUAUGAUUCUUACACCUAGCCGUCCGCGUCAACUUUAAUUCGAAUACUCCUCUUGAGAUUGAAAACUUAGGGCGGUUAAUAAAUCUUGAAAUAUUCGCUUCUUGUAAUUUCUUUAUUAAGUUUGUAUUUGUUUGAUUUGAGAUUAAAAAACGAAUUACAUACAAAAGCCGUGGAAAACGAUUAGUUUGAAUAAAACCAAAUGUCGUUAAAGUAUUCACGUAUUCCUCCAUGUUCGAGUAAGCGCGCCAGCCAGCCCCAGGAGUUAGCUUAUGAUGUUCCAUUCAACUCUUGCUUUGUAGAUUCAUGAAUAGUUAUCUAACACUGACUGACUUCUUGACAAAUUUCCUUGGUCAAACGUCCAUUUUACCUCAUCCUUGUUAUGUAGAUCUCAUACAGAAAGCCUGGAUCUCGCCAUGGACUUCUUCCUCAGCCAGUGGGCCAGUCGACUCCCAAUGUACCAUCAGGUGUGCUGCCUCCUGCAGGGGGUGUCACCCCUCUCAGCCGCCCGCUGACCGGUUUGACGCACAACGCAGAACCCUUUCUCGACGCUAAGUAUCUUCAUCCUACUGCAAAUGGAGCUCAGAGGACUGGCACCGAGCCUCCACUUAUGUCCGCUUACUUUCCUAAACCACGUGGUACAUUGCCUACCACGUGAGCACCAUAUGGAUGGCAAGUUUCCUGUGAAAAAACUUUUGGGAAGUGAGAGAGAUGGCCUUGCGAAUCAUUGAAAUGUACGCGUGCGCAGAGAGGAAGCUUGUUUCAAAUACAAUCAAUUGCAUCGUUAAGGUCCGAAAGACACGGCCCUACGGGCCAGUUUUUCCCUCCUCCUCCCCACCCUCCUCCCCCUCUUUUAACUACGGAAAUAACUCCCUACAAGGUGCC